AUGGCAAGUUCCCCUGGGGUAACCGUCGUGAGUAUGCCAUAUGAGUUGUUCACACACGACACGUACGAGGUGACUCUGCGAGAAUUCACAAAGGUAGUUCCAAUCCCCGACGCAGAGACUAUGAGAACUAUCACGAGGCACCUCGAGUACAAGAAAGCAACCCUUGGCAGAGCCCUGGUUUGCGACUUGCCGCAACUUGGCCUCCGCAAAGGUUGGCGGCUGGAGCCGUGCCCAGGUCUGCCUGAUGUUGGACAGUUCGAGUUUACCCCGCUUCCGUUCGAUUGCACGUUUUGGGUUGGUCCGGAAGAUGGUCGUUUGACACACGGUUGUCCACUCUUCGACAUCCCUGGGCUGACGUGGGAAAGUUGGGCCAUAGACAUCAUGCACUCCUGGCAUUUAGGUCCUCUACAACAACUUGUCAGUUUGACACUCCACUUCUGUAUCGGGUCAGGACUAUUCGCUCCCAAGACAAUUCAUCUUAAUGCUUCGGAUCGACAGCAGAUGAGUUUACUCGUGAUUAAGUCGGAGCUUUUCUUGUUUUACCAGCAGCUUCGGGAGUUGGACCCGGAGUGGAAACGCAAAGGUACUGAGGUUUGGAAUCUCACCUUGGGGAUGUUGGGCAACCAAGAGACCUACAACCUCAGCUGCAAGGCUGCUGAAAGCCACGGACUCUUGCGAUUUAUUCAUUGGUUCUUGGAUCGCCACCUAGAUGAGUUCCGAACCCUAGACAACGACACGAGCCGCACAGCAGAACUGUUGUUGGCCGCAGCCAAAAACGCACUGCAAAUGGAUGAGGUGCUGGGACUGUCAUGUCGGAAAAUUGAUUUGGGAUCAGUUCAGAAGCUUCUGAACUGCUACAUUCGGUUUCUGUUAUUUUAUGGACGGGCCGGGGGUGUUCUGAAACCUAAAUUUCACCUUCUGUUUCACAUGAUACAGCGAGCCCUUUACAAGGGAAAUCCCAGGGCUUACUCGACAUACCGCGACGAGAGUCUAAACGGGAUCUUCGCGAAGAUAGCCAGAUCAGCCCACCGAAGAACGUGGGCUAACGUCAUCCACUGGAAGGCUUCCAUGUUUCACAAGAAAGCUUUCGAUGCCUAUGUGUCCGAUUGCACAUGA